AUGUUUAGUAUUUUUAAUAAAUCAACUAAUUUCACGAUCAACGAUAUUCCAGACCUUCAAGGAAAAAUCGCAAUUGUGACCGGAGCAAAUACUGGAAUAGGAUUUAUUGUAGCCCAAGAAUUAGCGCGUAAAAAUGCACAUGUAUUUCUGGCAUGUAGAAAUCAAACGAAAAGUGAAAAGGCGAUAGAUGAAAUAAAGCAGGCGACAGGAAAUGAUAAAGUUGAAUAUUUGCCAUUAGAUUUAUCAAGUUUAAAAUCAGUUUUGAAAGCAACGGAAUUGUUUUUAGAUCGAAAAUUACCGUUACAUAUUCUUUCUUUCACGUUAACAGAAGAUGGUAUCCAAGAUCAAUUUGGAACUAACCACAUUGGUCAUUUUUUUUUCACAAUAAAACUCUUGCCCACAAUCGAAGCUUCUGCUCCUUCCAGAAUAGUCAACCUCACUAGUAUGGCACAUAAGAUCAGCCCUAAAUGUGGAAUUGAUUUUGAAAAUAUAAACAAUCCCAUUGCUUAUACCUCUCUUUCAAGAUACAGUCAGUCGAAAUUAGCAAAUAUUUUAUUUUCCUUAGAACUUAAUAAAAGACUCACUGAUAAAGAAGUUUACGUGAAUUCUGUUCAUCCCGGUCUCGUCAAAACAGAAUUAUUUCGUAAUUUGAAAGAUAGUAUGGGAUUAAUGGCAAAACCCAUAAAUCUAAUUGUUGGAUUAUUCAUGACUCCAGUUGAAGAAGGAGCCGUAACAUCACUUUAUUGCGCUACCAGUCCGGAAAUUAUUGAAAAAAAUUUACGAGGAAAAUAUUUUGUGCCACUUGGUAAAUUAAGUAAACCCGGAAAAUUAGGAACUGAUGAGAAAUUGGCUUUAAAAUUAUGGGAAUACUCUGAAGAAUUAAUUAAAGAAAAAUUGAACUCUUAA